AUGCAAGCAUCCAUGCGAGGGCGUGCUGAGACACUGGAAAUAGAGGACGGAGCACAGGAUGCUAGAUGUGCUGCUCUUGACAAGAGAGAACCUCCACCUGCUGUCAAGAGAGCCUCAGAGAAGUUCAAAACACCCUGGACUUUUAGCUGGAACUAUCAGUCCACCCUGCUUAGGACAACUUUGUGGAUUAUCCAUAUCUUCAGAAUAUAAGCGUUUCCCCAUUUCUACCAGAGGAUCCAUGUGGGUGGUGGAGAAGAUCCGUGUGUCAGUGGAGAGAUCUAACCUGCCUAUCCCAACAGCCGAACUCAGCUUUAAAAUCGGUGACAUCAUGUUUGGCGAAAAAGCUGACAAACCCAAAAGGAUUUCCCUCUGUCCAAAUGUCAUCACUCCUGACAACAUCCCAGAGUUCUGCAUCCCUCCAACAAUCCCAUCCCUUCAGGAGAUGAAGAAUAUGGAGCAGAGCCGAGCCGCUCGUGUUAUCAAGGUCUCACCCUGUGAGAGGGUUAGUCCUGAAAUAGAGGUGACACAACAUGAGUCUCUCAACCCACACAUUAUCCAGGUGGAGAGUGUGGAUGAGAGCCCCUAUGAUGGCUGCAGUGACGAGGAGGCCACCAAUGCAGAUCCCCAGAGUCAGGCUGCCUUGUCCCUUCCACACCUGGCUAAAGCGCAGACCUGCUAUGGCUUUUGCACCUUACUGGAGAGCCCCCACACCAGAAGGAAGGAGUCGCUCUUCCACUCUGAUCCUGGCUCCUCUCCACUGCUGCUGCACAGGAGUCGAUCCAGUAUGUGCUCCAAAGUCUCCCCCUCCACCUCACCUUCCUCCUCUCCUUCCUCUUUCAGUCUUAACACCCUGACCUCGAGGCUUUACCCGAGAUGCUACACAAUGAACUGGCAGACCACUCUGGACAGUGAUACGACUUCCUCUACUGAAUCCUCUCCUUUCAGCUCGCCUCUGCUGACCAGGUGCCCUGCCAAGUCUUCCCUCUUCAAAGCACUGAGUCAUGAACUACUGUUAUCAAGGAACAUGAGGAGGGCAAUGGUGUCCAGAAACAAUUCUCUAUCCACAGAUGAAGGCAGCUCCACAGACAACAGCCCCAAUGUCAUGAGGAGGGCAUCAGAUGGGUUAGCUGAAGGCCUGCCCAGCAACUACAGCCUGGCACCGCCCACCAUCAUCCCCAUGGACUUGACUCUGCACAGAGAGAGGGUAAUGAAGGAGAGAAUGGUACCCAUAGGGAAAGAUGGCAGCCUGAGACUCUCAGCAGAGUACUGUCCAGAUAACCAAAGGCUACGGGUUCGACUGAUCAGUGCUGAGGGCCUCUAUCCUCUCUCUGUAGAUCCUAAGAUUAUCAACUGCAGCAUCAGCCUCUAUCUAGUUCCUGGAAAAGUCCAGAAGCAACGCAGCACAGUCAUCAGAAAGAGCCGUAAUCCAAUCUUCAAUGAGGAUUUCUUCUUUGAUGGUAUCUCAGAAGAAGACGUCAGCCAGCGGUCCCUUCGCUUUAAAGUGGUGAACAAAAUGUCCACCCUGAAAAGAGACUAUCUCCUUGGUGAUUGUGAUUUGCCUCUUUCUAGCAUUGUAAUAUUAUAA